CCACCAACACAGCUGCCACAGCCACCACCAUAAGGACCAUUCUUUCAUCACUGUAGACUUUUCAACCCUUUUGAGUUACCACCAGGACUUUGAGCAUACGAACUGUUUCCUGGUGACUGAAACCACAAGCAACUACUGUAUGGAAACUAGUCUCAACGUCAGGAGAAUGAGAUGAAGAAAGUGCUGGGCUUUUGCCUUGCCCCAAUUCUGAAGAUCAUUGUUGUUGAGCACUCUUGUGAGAGACAGUGGUGAUGGUGAACCUCCUGGAUGUGCUUCUCAUGGCCCUGUCCGUUACGGCGGUCAGAAAAGGGCACGCAAAGCCAACUGAGCCUCCUGCUUCCAGAAACAACAGCGAAGACAGCGCAACUGCACAGCCAGGAGCUCAGCGGCUGCGUUUGAUGAAUGGAGGAAGUCACUGUUCUGGCAGGGUGGAGGUGAAAUACAAUGACACCUGGGGCAUGAUCUGUGAUGACAACUGGGACCUUGCUGAAGCUGCUGUUGUGUGCCGGCAGAAGGGUUGUGGUGAGGCCAUUCAGGCUCCAAAUGCCUCUUAUUUCCAGAAGGGAACAGGCCCCAUCCAUCUGGGAGAAGUGAGAUGCUCUGGGAAUGAGUCUUAUUUAUGGGACUGUCCUUCUGAGAAGAGCCCUGACUGUGGACACAGAGGAGAAGCUGGUGUGAUAUGUUCAGAUCACCAGGCAUGGCGGCUGUCAGGAGGCUUAGAUGCUUGUGCCGGCCGAGUGGAGGUCUAUUACCGGGACAUCUGGAACACCGUAUGUGAUAGUAGCUGGUACCAGGAUGAGGCAAAUGUCCUCUGCCGCUCCCUGGGCUGCAAUGACAAAGCCUCAGUCACGAGGGUACCUUUCGACCACACGCUGCCAGGGAAGAUGUAUUAUGAAUGUUCUGGAGAUGAAGAGUCACUCGCCAGUUGUGAAUGGCGCUACAACAAAACCACCCUAUGUGACCAAUUCAGAGCUGCUGGUGUGAUAUGUAAUGGUUCAUUGGGUUUGGAGAACCAGACAGACACAACAGUGGCAGAAGCAGUGACGGAAACUGUGACUUCGGUCUCCCACACACCCAAUCCAUGUUGGACUAGACCUGAGAACUGGGACCUUAAACCAUCCUACCAGAUGCUGCAUACCCUCUGCAUUGUUUUGGGUCUUCUCCUUUUUCUGGCCAUCCUGAGUCACAUCAUCAUCAUGUUGCUAAACAGGCAAAGGAAAAAUGGUAUCCUUGAUUGUGCCAUUUCCUCUGCUUCCAUAUCUGCCCCAGUUCUGGUGAAUCACAGUGCGCAGGUUUCAACCACGGGAGUGAACAAUGACUAUCGGGAAAUCCCCACAAGCCUCCCCAAAGGAGAAGCAAUGCCAGUAAAACCAUCACCUAUUAGUGAGGAUUCUGAGUCUGACUAUGAACGCUAUGAUUUCAGUGACAAGCCGCCUGUGGCACUCUCCACUUUCUACAAUUCUCUUCGACAUCGAGCAGCUGAGGAACACCUUUCUCCAGGCAAUUUAGGCAUUUCUGCUGUGCACAAUGGAAGCGAGACCAAGGAUCCAGCUUUGAAGGGCCACAAUCUACAAAAAGCAGCACAUAUAGCAGAAGACAGUGAGAGCACAUCUUCUGGAGAUUCAGAAUGGUACGAAAACUUCCAAAAAUCAGCAUACAAGGGAGACCAACCAGGAAAGGAGCCUUUUGAAGGGUUGACAGCUUUUUCCAGACCUUUGGUGAACCGUGAGGCUGGGCCUGGGAACGGCUCCUUCAACAGCAGCGAUUAUGAUGACAUGUGGCCUUAAGAGGCCAGCUUGCAGCAGGGAUGCUGUGCCAUCUGUUUCUAGCUAUGCCCUCCUUCAGAAACAGCCAAAGAUGGUCAAGAUUGUGUGGACUGCUGGGCCCUUAUGGUCACAUUACCUCAGCCGUGAGGAUCUAGCAUUUUGAAAGAAGGCCAGGAAAUUCCAGAACCAACUCCUACCCUCAAGGAUCACCUAGAAAUAUAAUGUACUCACAUAGAGACACAACUUCCCAAUUCUUGCUGCUUAUAGAGAAGAAUACUUUGUAUUCUAAUCUGA